CCAACUUCUGCCAAUCCCCCGCUGCAUCGACGUCCAUGGUCGAGGCUUAACUCGCCCGUAUGCCGCCUCCUCUUCUGAUCCUUCAAUCAUCUCAUGUGAGCGAAAAAAUUCCCCACACUCACGCUGUUCUUUCUGCUCUGGCUGCCGCCCACCGCUUCUGCCACGCCGAGGGUGCGGCUGCCGUCUCCGGUCGCUCGCCGUCGACAACCAUCUCAACGCUCCCAACUGCGCAUCUUCUUCUGAGCAACAGUGAACCGCCUGACAACGACGGAGAUUUCGAGUUUCGAGCUAUGACAGUGGCUGUGUGCUGCUGUCGCCGUCGAGUCCCGCAGACAUGCUCUCCCGCAUUCCCCCACAAACCCACAACUCAUACUCGGAAUUCCACGACUAUGCUCAAAGAUCCGACUUGAUCACCCCCCAACCUCAGCAGCUCGCUUCCAUGCUUCAGACCCAACCCAAGCCAUACGACAAUGACAAUCUGCAGGCCGGUCGCAAGAGGAGGGAGUCGGAGCUCGAUCAGAAUGAAACAAACGACACCGCGGCCGUUCGACGAAGAAUAAGUCGAGCUUGCGACCAAUGCAACCAACUGCGUACCAAAUGUGAUGGCAAGCAGCCGUGUGCACACUGUACCGACAAUGCCCUUGUCUGCGAAUAUGCCCGCGCUCACAAGAAACGAGGGCGGGCGCCCAAAAAAGAGACGGAUGCCAACGACGAGGCCAACUAUGCCAAUUCGACUCAAUCCGUUUCGAACAAUGCGUCCGCUGUUCGCCAGUCGGCUGGACCAAGGAAGUAUUCCACCACUUCCUACACCGGUCACGAUGGCAUGCUCGAUGGGAACCCCUUGCCCACCAACAACACACCCCCGAGUGCUGGGUUUGAGACCAACCAUCACCAGGCUGCUUUCUUUACCAGUUUCGAUCCCUCUUCGGGGGUGAGCAUUACUGCCGCGCGACAAUUGCACGAAAUGGAUCAGUCCAUGGUACCGCAGAUUACUCAGAGUCAAGCCAUUGAUUUUGCUGUUCCCAACCAAGCGUAUGCGCCAUCCACCCUCGACUCCAUGCACGUGCAAGGGGCAGCACAAGGCUUUGGAUUUCCGUUGGGAGACGACUAUUCGGUCGCGUUCAUGGGUAAAGCACCUAUGGUCGAGUCGCCGGAUUGGCUCGCUCUCACGUCGCCCAUGUUCAUCAACGACCCCUUACCGGCUCAGCCUCGCAUCACAGAUACGCUAAGAUAUCCGGUCCUUCGUCCUCUGCUGCCUCACAUCGAGCCCAUCAUCCCUCAAGCUCUGGCGUGCGACCUGUUGGAGCAGUAUUUCACGAGUUCAACUUCAGCUUACCUGAGACCUGCCAAUCCGUACAUAUUAGGCUACAUCUUCCGAAAGAAGUCUUUCUUGCAUCCUACCGAUCCGCGGCCUUGUACCCCUGCACUCCUGGCAAGCAUGUUGUGGAUUGCGGCACAAACGAGUGAUGCGGCUUUCUUGACCACUCAGCUAGAUGCCAGGGCCAGGAUAUGUCAACGACUAUUAGAACUCACCAUCAACAUGCUCAAACCCCUGAUUCACAGCCACCCAAAUACCUCUGCCCCCACGCCAAACCCUAAUUAUCCGCAGAUGGCGGCCAACGAUGGUGGGCUGGGCGCUCUUGUUGUGCCAACGCAUUCGGGAGGUCACGGUGUCGAUCGGGCACAGAUUGACAAUCUGGCGACCUACAUCCACCUAGCUACGGUAGUAUCCGCAAGUGAACGAAAAGCAGCGAGUCUUCGGUGGUGGAAUGCUGCUUGGUCUCUUGCCCGAGAACUUCGACUGGGUCGUGAGCUCCCUGCUAAUCCGCCGGAGCAAGAUGGGGAGGAGAAUAAUCCUGCGAGCAAUCAAACGGACGGUCAUUCGGGCGAGAACCGCAAGACAUCCGUAGAUGACACACGGCGCAACUCCAUCGGCUACGUGUCGGAAGAAGAAAGAGAAGAACGGCGACGGGUGUGGUGGCUGUUGUACAUGCAAGAUCGGCAUCUAGCGUUGUGCUACAACCGACCCAUGUUUUUCCUGAAUAAGGAAUGUGAAAGCUUGCUGCAGCCAUUGGACGACGACGCUUUCCAGGCAGGGCGAUUUGACAAGGCUUCGGAUCCUGCGCAUCGAAGACGAGGGCUGAACAUUGAAUGCACGUCCCACAGCGUGUUUGGCUAUUUCCUGCCUCUGAUGGUGAUCCUGGGAGAGAUUUUAGAUCUCAAUCAUGCUCGCAAUCGACCGCGGUUUGGACCUAGAGCUAACAAGGCUAAAAACUGGGACGAUCACACCGACGAGAUCACUCAACAGCUGGAGACGUAUGGGCAGAGUCUGAAAGAUUUCGAGGCGUCUGGGGGACAUGCUCAAGACACCAGCCACAAUGAUGUGGUGACCCCGUCUGUGGUAUCGGCGGGAACGAAUGACUCUCACAGUGCUUCAGAGCUGGCGCUGCAGACCAAAACUGUGGUAGCAUAUGGGACACACAUUAUGCACGUAUUGCAUAUCCUCCUGACCGGCAAGUGGGAUCCGAUUGCCUUACUGGAUGACAACGACCUCUGGAUCUCUUCGCAGUCCUUUGUGACGGCCACGGGACAUGCAGUGAGUGCGGCCGAGGCAGUGGCCGAAAUCAUCGAAGACGAUCCCGACCUGAGCUUCAUGCCCUUCUUUUUCGGCGUGUACCUUCUCCAGGGCAGUUUCUUGCUGCUGCUGUUUGCGGACAAAUUACAAGGUGAUGUCAGUCCCGAUGUGGUCAAGGCUUGUGAGACGAUUGUGCGGGCGCACGAGGCGUGUGUUGCUACCCUGGAUACUCAAUAUCAGCGCAACUUCCGGAAGGUGAUGCGAUCAGCCCUUCAGCAAGUGCGAGGGCGCAUCCCCGAGGACCUAGCCGAACAGCAGCAUUGGAGGCGCGAAGUGCUUGCGUUGUACAGAUGGACUGGCGACGGCACCGGCCUCGCAUUGUAAAGACACCAAAGCCCUGGGAGGCGAUUGUACCUGAAACCGGGAGGACUCUUCUAGUGUUGGGCACGACGCCCAAAAGCAACUCCUGUCGGGUGUGGCAUAUUUGCAAAUGUUUUGUUUACGACGGACGACAUGACCUCCAUGACGGACUGGGCAUUGUUUUGACGGAAGGGAUUCAAGAUACGGAAAUUGGACAUGGGAAAAAUUUUGUUGUGAUGGCGCGUCGUCGCGUGCCUCUGGUGCUACGGUACUCGGUGAUGUACUCCGGGACGAGCUUGUAGGCAUCAAGUGUGUAUAUCGGGGCGAGGCCUUGGGUGCGCCGUGGUGUCGUGUGAUAAGGUCGAUUUUGUUGACGAUAGCUCAGAUACUCCAUAUGUAAGCAAGCGCAUGAGGCGAGAUUGGUUUCUACCCAGGGCUCUGACGAGUGGCAAAUGAUACCGGCAGGGUGAAGCAUUCCGCUCAUGGAGUCGUUCGGCGUUUCUCCA